UGAAGCUGGUGUUGUCUCCAGACGCUGUGCAGUGAUCCCAGAGAGACAGCAAACGGACUGAGGACCAGACAAGGAAAGCUUCUUCCCUCCUGAAGUUUCCUCCAGAGGAGAAAGAGUCUGGAAGACGAGCUGAAGAGCUCACAGUCCCGAAAGCUGGAGAACAAUCUGGGAAUUCUGCUUCACAAUGAGAGGAAGAGCAAACGUCCAGGGCUGAUUCUGCGAUGGACGGCUGUGAGGACAGACAGGAGGGAGUCCGUCCCUCUAAAAUAAGUCUCCAUGUGGAAGAUGAGAUACAGAGCAGAGCUCAGAGGUCUGACUCCUGGCCUCCGUCCAGCUGUGUGUCUCUGAAGAGUGACCAGUCCAAGUUUGAAACCAUUUUAUUCAGAGAAUCUCACCAACAUCCGGACGAUGGCUCUGACUCUGAGUUUCCAUCCAGCUGUGUGUCCCUGAAGAGUGACGGAUCCAGGGUGCAACCCAUUUCAUUUAAAUCAGGACCAGGACCUGCUGAUGAGGGCGUCAGCCAGCAGAGCUCCCAGGUUCUCCGUGGAGGCUCCGCCCCUCAGCAUCAAACACAUCUGGACUCCAUCUUUAUGCUGCUGGAGGACAACAUGGUGGCUUUCAUGAAGGAGGAGCUGAAGAAGAUGAAGAAGCUCCUGAGUCCAGAUUACCCAGCAUGCUCAGAGAGUGAGAGAGAGGAUGAGGAUGAAGAGCAGAGGAGCAGCAGAGAGUCAUUAGUGAGGAUGACUCUGGACUUCCUGAGGAGGAUGAAGCAGGAGGAGCUGGCUGAGCGUCUGUGGAGCAGAUCUUCUGCUGGAGUCUGCCAACAGAAGCUGAAAUGUGGCCUGAAGGAGAAGGUCCAGUCUGUUUUUGAAGGUGUCUCCAAAGCAGGAGAGUCCACCCUCCUGAACCAGAUCUACACAGAGCUCCACAUCACAGAGGGAGGGGCUGCAGAGGUCAACCAGGAACAUGAGGUCAGACAGAUUGAAGCAGCAUCCAGGACAGCAGACAGAGCAGAAACAAGCAUCAGACCAGGAGACAUCUUUAAAGCCUCACCUGGAAGAUCUCAACCAAUCAGAACAGUGCUGACAAAGGGAGUGGCUGGCAUUGGGAAAACAGUCCUGACUCAGAAGUUCACUCUGGACUGGGCUGAAGACAAAGCCAACCAGGACGUCCACUUCACAUUUCCAUUCACCUUCAGAGAGCUGAAUGUGCUGAAGGAGAAGAAGUUCAGCUUGGUGGGACUUGUUCAUCACUUCUUCACUGAAACCAAAGAAGCAGGACUCUGCAGCUUUGAAGACUUCCAGGUGGUCUUCAUCUUGGACGGUCUGGAUGAGUGUCGACUCCCUCUGGACUUCCAGCACACUGAGUUCCUGACUGAAGUUACAGAGUCCACCUCAGUGGAUGUUCUGCUGACAAACCUCAUCAGGGGGAAACUGCUUCCCUCUGCUCGCCUCUGGAUCACCACACGACCUGCAGCAGCCAAUCAGAUCCCUGCUGACUGUGUGGACAGGGUGACAGAGGUCCGAGGGUUCACUGACCCCCAGAAGGAGGAGUACUUCAGGAGGAGGUUCAGAGAGCAGGAGCAGGCCAGCAGGAUCAUCUCCCACAUCAAGACCUCCCGAAGCCUCCACAUCAUGUGCCACAUCCCGGUCUUCUGCUGGAUCACUGCUACAGUUCUGGAGAAGGUGUUGAAGAGCAGAGAGGGAGGAGAGCUGCCCAAGACCCUGACUCAGAUGUACAUCCACCACCUGGUGGUCCAGGCCAAAGUCAAGAAGGCCAAGUAUGAUGGAGGAGCUGCCACAGAUCCACACUGGAGUCCAGAGACCAAGAAAAUGAUGAAGUCUCUGGGAAAACUGGCUUUUGAGGAGCUGCAGAAAGGAAACCUGAUCUUCUAUGAACCCGACCUGACAGAGUGUGGCAUCGAUCUCACAGCAGCCUCAGUGUACUCAGGAAUGUUCACACAAAUCUUUAGAGAGGAGAGCGGCCUGUACCAGAACAAGGUGUUCUGCUUCAUCCAUCUGAGCCUUCAGGAGUUUCUGGCUGCUCUUCAUGUCCAUCAGACCUUCAUCAAGUCUGGAAUCAACCUGCUGGAUGAACAACAACAAACCCUCAUGUGCUCAAAAGGGUUGAAGAAGAAAGUUAAUCUCCACCAUCUCCAUCAGAGAGCAGUGGACGAGGCCUUGAAGAGUCCAAAUGGACACCUGGACUUGUUCCUCCGCUUCCUCCUGGGUCUCUCACUGCCAGCCAAUCAGAGUCUCCUUCGAGGUCUGCUGACACAGACAGGAAGUAGCUCACAGGCCAAUCAGGAAACAGUGAAGUACAUCAAGAAGAAGCUGAGUGAGAGUCUGUCUGCAGAGAGAAGCAUCAAUCUGUUCCACUGUCUGAAUGAACUGAAUGACGGUUCUCUGGUGGAGGAGAUCCAACAGUCCCUGAGAUCAGGACGUCUCUCCACAGAUAGACUGUCUCCUGCUCAGUGGUCAGCUCUGGUCUUCAUCUUACUGUCAUCAGAGGAAGAUCUGAAGGAGUUUGACCUGAAGAAAUACUCUGCUUCAGAGGAGGCUCUUCUGAAGCUGCUGCCAGUGGUCAAAGCCUCCAACAAAGCUCUGCUGAGCAGCUGUGGUCUGUCAGAGAGAAGCUGUGGAGCUCUGUCCUCAGUUCUCAGCUCUCAGUCCUCCAGUCUGACACAUCUGGACCUGAGUAACAAUGACCUGCAGGAUUCAGGAGUGAAGCUACUGUCUUCUGGACUGGAGAGUCCUCACUGUAAACUGGAAGCUCUCAGUCUGUCAGGGUGUCUGGUCUCAGAGGAAGGCUGUGCUUCUCUGGUCUCAGCUGUGAGCUCCAAGUCCUCCCAUCUGAGUGAGCUGGACCUGAGCUACAACCAUCCAGGAGCCUCAGGAGUGAAGAAGCUGUUUGCUGCAGUGGAGGAUCCACAGUGCAGUCUGGAGACUCUCAGGGUGGAUCAUGGUGGAGAGCACAGGUUAAAACCUGGUCUGCGGAAGUAUUUCUCUCAACUUGAACUGGACACAAACUCAAUGCACAGAAAACUCAAACUGUCCAACAACGACAGGACGGUGACACGUGUGGAGGAAGAGCAGCCGUAUCCUGAUCAUCCAGAAAGAUUUGAAGGCUGGUGUCAGCUGCUGUGUAGAAAUGUUCUGAGUGGUCGAUGUUACUGGGAGGUCGAGUGGAGCAGAAAGGUUGAGAUAUCAGUGAGCUCCAGAGGAAUCAGUAGGAGAGGAGACAAUACUGAGUGUUUGUUUGGUCUGAAUCACCAGUCCUGGUGUCUGAGCUGCUCUGAUGGAGGUUACUACGCCAAGCACAACAACACAGUAACAGCCAUCUCCCCCUCCUUCUCCUUGACGUCCUCCUUCUCCUCUGGUAGAGUAGCAGUGUAUGUGGACUGUCCUGCUGGCUCUCUGUCCUUCUUCAGAGUCUCCUCUGACUCUCCGAUCCACCUCUACACCUUCAACACCACAUUCUCUCAACCUCUGUCUGCUGGAUUUAGACUCUGGUCCUCCGGUUCUUCAGCGAGUCUGUGUCCUCUGUAGGAAGGACGUCUCUGUCUCUGACAGCACGUGUGUGUGUGUGUGUGUGUGUGUGUGUGUGUGUGUGUGUGUGUGUGUGUGUGUGUGUGUGUGUGUGUGUGUGUGUGUGUGAGAUGCUCUGCUAACUAAGGCUCCCAGUACUCAGGCUGGACAGACGCAGUGCAGGUGGAGGUGAAGCUGCAGAGAGAACAGCGGCAGUGUGGGGAACAGUUCUUUAUUCCUCCUGGAAGUGGAAAUGAGUUCAGUCAACAAAUGGCCCGUCUCUCCCCCUCACCUCCAUGCUCUCCUGACUCUUGAUUUAUCUUCUCUGGAUCAGAGUCAAUGGAGUGAACAAAGGGAGGGAGCGCCGGUGAAUGAAGAUGGGGUUAGUUGAAUGGUGGUGCAUUCAAGUCCUGUGGGAAAACACAGGCAAUCAGCUGAGAUAAUAACAUCUGAACCAUUUGACACCAGAUCAUUCACACCAGUUUCCUUCUCACUGGUUUGGUUCCUUUGGCUCCUGGUCACGCCUGAUGUGGGAUUCUGUUGUGUGUUUUGUUGUUGGUUUGUGUUGUGUUGCUGAGAUUCUUCAUGUCCCAGUCUCUCCUCUGUCCACGAUGCUUAUAUCAACGUUUUUGUUUUGGGAUUUUUCAGACGUCAUUGAUGAUGUGUCAGCUGGCUGAUGGCUCCAACUCAGCUUUCCCCCAGUGCUCCUCAGUGUUUUCAGAAUGGCUAAUCCCAUAUUUCAUCGAUCACAAUAGACAGAUAGAUAGACCAGUCCUCAUCUCCCACUGUGCUCCUGUCACAUCAACACCCUGCUGCAGGAAGCUCCACAGCAUCUCUUCCAUCUCAGACGUCUGAAGGUUUUCAAGCUCCCUCUCAAGGCGCUCAGGAUCCUUUACUGCUGCACCGCUGAUGGUGUUUUGUCUGGGGUCUAUCCACCCGGAGGAGCAGCAGCACCCAGCAGGACUUCUCGGUCCUGGUCUUUGGUGGAGCUGCAGGACGUUCAGAACAAACAGGAAGAACAGCUACAGACUUCAAUCUGCUGCCUGAAGGGAAACAGAGGAUGAGGAGGAGAUACUUCAUCAGGCCGUCCACCUGCUGAAUAUCAAACUAAAAAGAUAAUCUGUCUGAUUUCAUCUUGUACAUAAGCUCUUUCUUGCACUAUUUAACACUUUAUUUGAUUCACUCAUUUUAGCCAUUUUUCACUGACUUUUCCUACUUUAACUACUUUCUACUUUGUGAUCUAAAGCACUUAAAGCUUUAGAAAACAGAAAACCUCGUGGACCUGACUUGAUGGAACCUUGUCAGGUGAUGCUGUUGCCUGGUUCACAAACUAUCUGGAUGGCUGGACUCAGUGCAUUAAGUAUGAUGGCCUCUGCCCUGACUACAAGCAUGUCAGCAAGGGGGUGCCACAGGGGUCAAUAUUGGGACCCCUGUUGUUCAUUAUGUACAUCAACGAUCUGGGAUAAAAUGUGCCUGAUGCCAAUAUUCAUCUAUACGCUGAAGACACUAUUAUAUAUUGUUGUGGUUCAACAGCUGCCAAAGCGAUUGGGUCCCAGCAGAAAGCUUUUGAUGUGGUACAACACACACUUUUGUCACUGAAACUCAUCUUAAAUGCUGACAAGACUAAGUUAAUGUUGUUCUCAAAAGCUGAAAAGAUGGAGGCCUCUUGUACUAGUAUCCACUCUUGAAGGAAAUGUUAUAGCGGUGGUUCACAUGUACAAAUAUCUUGGUAUCUGGUUUGAUGACACUCUCACCUUUAAACCCCACAUAGAUAAUAUGGCAAACAAACUCAAAUUGAAAUUGUUUUUUUUCCUUUAGAAAAAAGGUUCUGCUUCUCCUUUAACAUGAAAAAAAGGCUUGUCACUGAAACUUUUUUUUUUUAUCAGUUUUAGAUUAUGGAGGUUUGUUUUAUAUGGAUGCCACUGUUCAAUGUCUUCGCAAGAUAGACAGUCUUUAUCAUGCUUCUCUAAGAUUCACAACGAACUGUAAAGCCCAGACCAUCACUGUGACUAGUAUUCUUGAGUGUAAUGGCCUUCCUUGUCCACUACGAGACUAGAACACUGGUAUAUCUUCAUUUACAAGGCCAUGCUCCGUCUUUUGUCCUCAUACAUCUGCGACUUAAUCACUCAGAGAAGCGUUGACUCUCAUUGUCUCUGCUCAAAUGAUUAUUUGUUGCUCUCUGUUCCAUUUGCCCUUACAGAAUUCAGAAAAAGAGCCUUUGCGUAUUCAGCUCCCGACACUUGGAACAAGUUGCAAAAGGACUAAAAAUUGAGUGAACUUGUUCCCUUGAGCUCUUUUAAAACAAGAUUGAGAGCACUUGAGACAGCAUCUAUUAAGUCUCAUUGUUUUUCUUAAUUUCAAUUGUAAUUUAUUGUACUGUGUAUCGGAAUUUAUAACUCUGUAACCCCAGGACUCCCUUGAAAAAGAGGUUUUAAAUCUCAACGGGACUUUCCUGGCUAAAUAAAGGUUAAACAAACAGACAAACAUUUAACCGUUUUAAAUAUUUUAGCCAUUUUAGCGAUUUAUAGCCGCUACAGUCGCUCAUCUUGCUGAUUGUGACGAGGUUCCUUCUGGGAAAAAUCUCUAAAAUAAGGCUUGGCUGAAGGCUAACUGUUUCAAGGUGUUUACUGCUUCAAAAAUACCAGUGACAAGGUUGGAAAACGAAACGACAAAAGUAUUUACAAGUUUUCAGAAGGCUCUGGAACUCUUCCAUCGCUCCUUCACAGCCAACAGCAAAACGUUUACGGUCAGAAAAACACUCAGGACCUGCAGCUGUUCUUCCAACUCGGUGUCUGUAGCGUAAAUGUAUGAGAGCCGAUGUGUCGGAGGAGGACUGCCAGGUGUGAACCCUCGACUGAACCACAGAACCGCUCCAGAGGAAUCGUGGUGGUGGGGGUCUGAGGGUUUGAGAGGGGCGUAGAGAACCAGGAAGUAGAGAAAGGUUUGGUGUGUAGUGUGUGUGUGUGUGUGUGCACUGUCCACACUCAGUGACGGGGCCGCUCUGUCACACUUAUUUUAUGUAUUUCAUCUACAAAUGAAUACGUAGAAAAUCAGCAAGAUGAGUGACUGAAGCGGCUAUAAAGAGCUAAAAUGGCGAAAAUAUUAAAUAUGGUCAAAGGAGGAAAGAUCAGUGAAAUAUGGGCUGUAAAUGCACAAAAAUGCAAUGUAAUAUAUUGAAAGUGUAGUUAUGACACUUUAUGAAUGUCAGUUUUUAGUCUGGAAAGUUUUUUUUUUCUUGGGGGGGGUCUGUUCUUCAU